UAACAUAAAAAUGGCAGAAGAAUCGGCUGUAAAAGUCUGCGUAAGAGUCCGGCCGAUUGUUGCGAGGGAAGAAUUGACUGCAUUGGAGAACACAGAGCCUCAGCUGUUUUGGAAAGCUGAUAAAAAGUCAAUUCAUCAGGUUGAUGAUGGAAGCUCCAACAAGAGUUUUAGUUUUGACCGGGUGUUCACAGCUGAAGAGACAACCAGUCAGCUUUACCAGGCUGUUGGAAACCCUCUGGUUGUUUCCACGGUUGGAGGAUAUAAUGGGACUGUAUUUGCCUAUGGACAGACUUCAUCUGGAAAGACCUUCACUAUGAUGGGCAGUGACCAUAACCCCGGAGUCAUUCCUAUGGCUGUGGAAGAUGUCUUUAAAACUAUUAAAUCUUUUCCAAAUAAGGAGUUCCUUCUCAGAGUGUCUUACAUGGAGAUCUACAAUGAAACUGUGACUGAUCUGCUUGUUGACAGCUGGAAGAGAAAACCUCUGGAAGUUAGAGAAACGAUCAACAAAAACAUCUAUGUGGCUGAUCUGACGGAGGAGCUGGUCACAUCUACGUCACAAGUUCUCGCCUGGAUCAGGAAAGGAGAAAAAAGCCGUCAAUACGCAAAGACAAAGAUGAAUCAGCGAAGCAGUCGCUCACAUGCCAUAUUUCGGAUGAUCAUAGAAAGUCGGGAAAGAGGUGACCCAGCAUCAGGAGACAACACUGAUGGAGCCAUUAUUGUGUCUCAUUUAAAUUUAGUGGAUCUAGCUGGGUCAGAGAGAGCGAGUCAAACAGGAGCUGAAGGCGCACGCUUCAAAGAAGGUUGCAAUAUAAAUCGCAGUCUUUUCACACUUGGUCAGGUGAUCAAGAAGCUAACCGAUGAAAACCAGAAUGGUUUCACCAACUACAGAGACAGCAAGUUGACUCGCAUCCUGCAGAACUCUCUGGGUGGAAAUGCUAAAACUGUCAUCAUCUGUGCCAUCACUCCUUUCACACUGGAGGAGACCCUCAGCACUUUGCAGUUUGCCAGCACAGCAAAGAAAAUGAAGAAUGACCCACACGUAACGGAGGUGUCAGAUGACGGAGCUUUGCUCAAACGUUAUCGUAAUGAAAUUGUCGAUUUAAAGCGACGACUUCAGGAGGUUACCUCGGUCACACACACCACAGUGACAGAAAAGGAGGUUCUGUCUCAGCUCCUACAAGAGAAAGACCAGCUCCAGAGAGAACAAGAAUACCGGAUCAGGAACCUUACCCAACUGCUUGUUACCAGUGCAAACCUAGCUCCUGCUCAAAAGAUGCGUAAACGCAGGGUGACGUGGGCUGGAAAACUGUCCAGACUUUCCCAUCAGCCUGCAAGUGACGAUGAUGGGAUGUCUGACUUGACUUUUGGAGAACCUUUCAGUCGGAAGGGGAAAGCACAUAACUCCUGUUUGACAGACAUAGGUGAAGGUGAUGAGUUUUCUGAUUCUCACUGGGAGAUCCCCGAGGAGCCGUCAGAUGAAAUGGAUACGAGUGAGAACUUUGUGACUUUUCGCAGAUUUGGCAACAGUUCCACAGACUUUGAGUCUCCUGAACCGAUAAAUCAGUUUUCCAAGGAAGUGACCGACUUGAAGUUGCAGCUGGAGGCUGAAGUCCAACAGAAAGAGGAAGCCAACAAAAAAGCAGAAACUUUAGAAGGUAAAGUGGCAGAGCUGCAGUUGCAGCUCCAAGUAGAAGCUCAGCAGAGAACGGACUCUAUCGAAAGAAUGAUGGCGGCGGAAAAGACUGUGGCAGACCUGGAAAGACACCUUCAAACGGAAGCUCAGCAGAAAGAAGACGCCAUGGAGAAAACUGUAACGGCUGACAAGAAGGCAGCAGACCUGGAAAGACAACUCAGCCAAACUGAACAAAGCCUGGCUGAAUCUAAAUGGAUGACAAUGGAAAUGGCAGAAAUCAUUCAGAUGUGUGAAACUUUGGCUUCAGAGAAGGACAAGGUCACUGCUGAGCGAGACUAUCUAAACCAGGAGCUGGGGUCGUUUGAAGAGCAGACUCAGAAGUGGAAGCAAGAGAUUGCUUCUCUGUCACAGGAGCUAAAGGAGAGAAAGGAACUGAAUGAGUUUGAGUGUCUGGAAGCAAACUUCUAUGAAGAGCGAGAGAACGAGCUACAAAAUGAAUUAAGUUGCCUGAAGACAGCCGUCAAAUCAUCUGAGGACCAAUGCCUGAAACUGCAGAACAAACUUCAAACUUUGUCUGAAGAGCUAAAGAAGAAAACUGAAUUUGCAGACGAACUUCAGCAAAUGAGUGGUAAGGACUUGGUGCAAGAAGUGGCAAAGCUGCGUCGCUCUCUGGAUGAUGCGGAGGGAGUUAGCAGAGACACAAAGAAGGAAUGGGCCUUUCUUCGGAGUGAAAACAUUGCAUUGGAGGAGCUGAAAGUGAGCUUGACUGCCAGGCAAGAGAAGAUGGAGGCUGAGAUGAACAGACUGCUUUCACAACUAGAGACGGAGAAGUCUCGCUACAAAAAGAUGGAGACUGAUCUCCAGAAAGAGCUCAAUAUUGUCUUUGAUGAAAACUCAAAGCUCACCACUCUGCUAGACGGCAAAGUCCCACAGAAUCUGAUCGACAGUGUGGAACUUGGAAGAACUGUAGCCAGACUGGAGAAGGAGCUGGCAGCAUCUUGUGAAGCAGAGAAAGCUCUCACAGCUGAGCUGGAUAAGCUGGCUUCAUUCCAGACUCUUCCAGUUCAGGUGGAGAACUUAACAAAGCAGGUUUGUGACCUGACUGAGGAGCUGCAAAAUGUCCAAAAUCAGAAGGACGACCUGCGUUCAGGUCGAGCUCAGUGUGAGCAGGACGCUCAGCAGCUACGAGACGUCCUGCAAACAUUAAAGGAGGAGAUGCAGAGAAUUCAAGCAGAUUUUGAUGUUUCUGCUCAGAAGGAGAGCGAGCUGAGGCAUCAGUGCGAGGAUGUAACUCAGCAGCUGCAUUCACUUCACUCAGAGCUGGAGCGAUCCGAGGUUGAGAGGAGCCAACUUGUAGCUUUUCUUGAAGAAAGGGACAUGAAGCUGAAGCAGCUGCAUGAAGCACUUGAAUGUGUGCAGACAGAAAAGGAGGCUCUCCUGUCUGAACAGAGGGAUGCAGAGGAGAUUAAGAAGCUGCUCUCCACAAUAUCAUCCCUGAGAGCAGAAGGAGACGAGCUCAGGACAAACCUGCAGACACAUGUGGACCAGGCCACAGAGACAAAUGUUUUGUUACAACAUCUUCAACAAGAGCUUCAAGAACAAAAGCAAAAGAACUCUGAUCUGAUGAAAAUAUCUGAGCAGAAGGAGAGUGAAUUAGAGGAAGAUAUACAGAGAUUGUCUCAAGAGCUGCAGGCUGUGCAGGAUCAGAAAGCAGCUCUGCAAACAAGCAGCUCUGAGAGCUCUGCAGAACAGGUGGAGACGCAGCUUUCUACUGCAGCUUCUCUCGCAGCAGAAAGAAACCAGCUCAAAGUGGAUCUACAGGAGAAUGUUGAGAUGGUAAGAACUUUGACUGAAGAGUUUGAGAAUCUGCGAGCAGAGAGAGAUGCUCUGAUGUCUGAGAAGGAAGCCAGCAGUCAGACCAACACAGAGGAGAUGGAGGAGCUGCAGCACAAAGUGACAUCUCUCAGGGAGGAGAGAGAUCAGCUGCAGGAGGAUCUGGAGGCACUGAGAGAGCAGGAGAAGCGGCUCAGAGCUGAGCUGGAGGAACAGAUAUUCCAACAGCAGCUCACCUCUAAACCACAGCCAUUGACAGACGAGCAAGAAUCCUAUCGACUGCAGCAGACUGAGCAGCUGGAGGAGAAGUUGAAGAAAGCCAAAGAGGAGAUAAGCCAGUUAAAGUCUGACCUUGAAGAAAAUUUCAAGCUGUUACAGGAGCUUCAGGCUGUGCAGGAUGAGAAAGUGCCUCUGCAAACAAGCAGCGCUGGGAGCUCUGCACAGGAGGUGGAGAGGCUUCUUUCUGUGGUGGAUUCUCUCACAGCAGAAAGAGACCAGCUCAAAGUGGACCUACAGGAAAAUGUUGAGAUGAUGAUUGAACAUCAAGAUGAGUUGAGGACAGCCCUAGAAAGAAAUCGGGAGCAGAAAAAGACAAUCAAACUCAUGGAGUCUGAAAACGAACGGAGAUUAAAUGAACAUCCAAAUGUCCUUAGUUCACAGCUUGAGGAGCUCCAGGAAAAUAUGAGAACACUGAAUGGGGAGCUUGAGAAUCUGCGAGCAGAGAGAGAUGCUCUGCUGUCUGAGAAGGAAGCCAGCAGUCAGACCAACACAAAGGAGAUGGAGGAGCUGCAGCACAGAGUGACGUCUCUCAUGGAGGAGAGAGAUCAGCUGCAGGAGGCUCUGGAGGCACUGAGAGAGCAGGAGAAGCAGCUCAGAGCUGAGCUGGACGACAGGAUACAGAAGUUGGCUCAAACCCAAAUUGAGCGAGCAGUAAUGGUGACCCGAGAGCUUCAGGCAGAGGAUGGAACUCUAACACAACUUCAGCAAGAGGCUUCAAGAGGAGAAACGCUCAUCAGUUCACUUCGAGAUGAGCUCCAACAACAAAAAGGAAAAAAUUGUGACAUGCAAAGAAUAUUCAAGAAUAUCAAGCUGUUUUGUCAUUUAUAGCUUGCAGAGGCCAAAUGCUGUCUGCAGUCUCUCCGGGAUGAGUUCCAGACAAAGUUGGACCUAUUAAACCUGUACGAGCAGAAAGAAGCAGAUUUUAAGCAACAGAUUAUGACUCUGACCGAGGAGCAUUCAAAUACGCUAGCAGAAAGAGAUGCUCUGAUUCUCGAGAAGAAAGAAAAUGGUCCGUCCCAAACAGAGCAGUUGGAGAAGCUGCGGUGCAGAGUGAUGUCUCUUAGUGAGCAGAGGGAUCAGCUGCAGGAGACCCUGGACAGACAAAGAGAGGAGAAGAAGCAGCUCAGAGAAGAGCUGGAGGACAGGAUGCAGAUGAUGCAAUGCGAGUUCCAGCAGCAGCUCAUAUCUAAACCACAGCCGUUGAUGGAUGAAGAAGCAGCAUAUCCACUGCAGAUUGAACAGCUUCAAGAGAUGUUGGAGAAAGCCAAAGAGGAGAUUAGCCAGUUAAAGUUUGACCUUCAAGAAAAUGUCAAGCUGAUGACAGAGAAACAGGAGGAACUGAAUUCAUCUCAUGAGAAGAGUAGAGUAUUCCAAGAAGAACUUGCAGCACUGGAGAGUAGGCUGGCUGAACUGGAAAACAUCCAGAGCAGCAGGAAUGAGCAAGAGAGAUGCAUUCAGUCUCUUAAGUCCAAAAUCCAGAUACUGACUGAAGAGCUGGAGUCUGUGAGAGCAGAUGGAGCCAGUCUGCUGUCUGAGAAGGAAACCAGCAGUCAGGCCCACACAGAGGAGAUGGAGACGCUGCAGCGCAGAGUGGCGUCUCUCAGGGAGGACAGGGAUCAGCUGCAGGAGGCUCUGGGUGGACUGAGCGAGCAGGAGAAGCAGCUCAGAGCAGAGCUGGAGGACAGAAGACAGAUGAUCUCAGCCACUCAGGAGAAACUGAACCAGCAGGAGCAGUGGAAUAUGCAGCUGCAAACUGAGAGAGAAGAACAAGAAGCCACACUGCAACAUGAAAUUGGAGAUUUGGUGCAAAAGUUAAAAUGUGCUGAAUCAGAGAGAGAUGCUCUGAUGUCUGAGAAGGAAGCCAGCAGUCAGGCCCACACCAAGGAGAUGGAGACGCUGCAGCGCAGAGUGUUGUCACUCAAUGAGGAGAGAGAUCAGCUGCAGGAGGCUCUGGAGGCACGAAGAGAGCAGGAGAAGCAGCUCAGAGCUGAGCUGGAGGACAGGAGACGGAUGAUCUCAGCCACUCAGGAGAAACUGAACCAGCAGGAGCAGUGGAACUUGCAGCUGCAAACUGAGAGAGAAGAACAAGAAGCCACACUGCAACAUGAAAUUGGAGAUUUGGUGCAAAAGUUAAAGUGUGCUGAAGCAGAGAGAGAUGCUCUGAUGUCUGAGAAGGAAGCCAGCAGUCAGGCCCACACCGAGGAGAUGGAGACGCUGCAGCGCAGAGUGUUGUCACUCAAUGAGGAGAGAGAUCAGCUGCAGGAGGCUCUGGAGGCACGAAGAGAGCAGGAGAAGCAGCUCAGAGCUGAGCUGGAGGACAGGAGAGAAAAGCUGCAAAUAAAAAUGGAACAGAAGACUGAAGCUAAUGCCAGUCUGCAGUUGCUAAAUGAAUCUAAAUUGACCAUCUCCACCCUGAAACAAGAGCUGAACACUUCAGACCAGCACACAAAACAAGGCGAGGAGUCCGUGUCCUCACAGCUGCAAGACUCUGCUUCUCAACUCCAGGAGUCGUUUGAAACGCUGCAGGAUUUUAUAGAUACUUAUUCUGGGUCUAGCGCUCUACACCUGCACAAUCUUCUCAUAACGCACAGUUAUUUGAAGCCCUCUUUGGUGAAGACUCUGCCAAAAGCCACAGUAAAGGUCCACAGUGCCGUAUAUGAGCUGGGACUGAAAACUGUGCAGAAUUUCCUAACAAUUCAGGAAGAGCUCCAUCUGCAAGCACUUUGCUGCAGAAAAAUGUUUAAGGAGUUGGUGAACAAAGAUUUGGCCAUUUUUGAGGAAAGGCGGCUGCAGGAUCUGCUUGUGUCCAGAGCGCAUGCCCCCACGUACUCUGUCAAUGAUAUUGAUUUCCACUCACUGUGGGAACAAAGAUUCUCUAAGCUGCUGGAAAAACGUCAGCUUUACGUGCAGAAAAUGGACAGCAUUUCGGACAAGUUCUGGGACAUCAAGGCUUCUUGUUGCCUUAAGGAAAAUGCAGAGAUCUGUGAGCGGGAGAAGGUUAAGGAUCAAAUAGAGAGAGCCAUCCACAGUCAGCCCUUCAGCUUGAGCGUGCUGGACAGUAUUCUGAGCAAAGAGUUGGAUCGCAGGUCCACAACUGCCCAAACCAGCACUACGUCACGACAGCUCGUCGUGAAUGAGUACAACAGGGUUUUGGAUGAACUAAAGCAGCUGGAUGUUCAAAGUGAAACUCAGCUCAGAGAAGAGAGAAGCAAAAAUGCCACUCUGCUGCAGGCACUGGAAGGAGCUUCUCUGAAAACAGAAGUUUCCCUGCUGGAGGACAACCACAAACUGGUUCUGCAGCUGCAUCAAGCAGAGGGAAACAUCAAGAUUCUGCAUGCACAGAUUGAAGAGCUGGAAGAGGCUCGGACAACAGCCAAUAACCGUGUGUCUCAGCACAAGCAGGCCACUCAGCUCUUACAGACAGAACUGCAGGACACACGGGCAAUCGUCCAAGAGAAGGACGACUCAAUCACUACCCUGAAGAGUAAACUACGAGAGUCUGAAAAAAAAGAAUCCCCCAGUGCCGUGGAGCUGGAAAAUCUCCACAACAAGCUGUUCCAAACGGAGCUGAAGCUCUCUUCAAUUACAGACGAACAUCAGCAAGAGAUCCAGAGGAUGAAGUUCAUGUUGAACGAGAAGGAAGACUCUCUGAGGAAGACGAAAGAAGCUCUGAGAAAGUUACAGCAGCAAGGAGAGGAAUCCUUUCUGCAGGGUAAGGACCUUUAUGACAAACUGACCAAUCCCAGAGGUGUAGUGAUCGAGAGCAGCAUCGGGCUGGAAAAGACCAAGCUGGAAGAGAAAGUCCGACAGCUUCAGCUGAAAAUCACCGAGCUAGAAAGCUUGAUGUCCAGUCAGCAGGCAGACAUCAGCAAGUGGAAGAACAGAGCCAUCAAGCUGAAGGGGAAGAGCAAAGCUGAGGGCGACAAGAUGGCCUCACCCUCUACUCCCACAAAGAGGGGCUUCUCCACAAUGGCAGACUCUGACACCGUCCUUCACGCUCCCAAAAAAUUUCUCCUUCCUGCUAAUAAAUUGCUAGACUCCCCCAAAAGGGAUUUGGCGACUCUCCGAAAGGCCUCGGACUCGCCAAAGUUCUUGGUUCCCAAAAGCAGUUUCUUUGAUACAAGUGAAGGCUCAGAGCUGCUGUCCAGGAGCCGUCCCAAACAGUUCUUUGAUAACUCUGCCCUUGGAAACAUCCCAGAUGCAGCUGUUGGGAUAGACAAGAAGGAGGGCGAGUCUUAUUCAGUGGAGUUCGACAUCAAUCAGUGUCAAAAUCAGUGUUCUCAACAAUGA